UAAUGUACCGUGAACCCGUCCGGUGUGUUAGCGCGAGGCUCCGCAGGGAGAGACACGGUGUUUAAACGCGUCAGGAAGCAGAACAGGACACCAGGCUGGUGACGGUCAUUUGUUCACGCUAACUUUAAACAGUUCUUCUGCGACGUUAGAUUCAUGUUAUACAAAGAUUCAGUUGGUUUUAAUUCACCGGGAUCCACCGUCUCUUCACGGGGACCGUGUGUGGUCUCCGCCGGCCCGGGUCCCCUGCACCGCGAUGCACAUCGGGGUGAUGCAACACGGACAAGGGAUGUCCAUAACCCUCUUGUAUGGUUUGUUUAUGCAGCCUGCAGCUUUAUGUAACGCAAUUUAGUCACACACCGCCGGGCCCGGGACACGUGUUUGAUCCCAGGAUCACUCAGUGUCGGUAUUUCACCCAACGGACGAGUUUGCUGCUCCACUGGCUCGAAGACAUCCACUGCACACAGGACUUUAGUUACACAAUACAGUCCUCCAGCAGCAGCAGCCUGGGAAAACACAGUCCCACAGCUCCUUCUCACCUCUGCAGCUUCAGGGACACUGAGCAGGACUGUUAGAUUAUCCCUCAGCAUGAUGAUGUCACUUUCGCAAACGAAGGAACUGUUCAGGAGAGCAGAAGCUGUGUGUUUCGAUGUGGACAGCACAGUCAUCAAAGAGGAGGGCAUCGAUGAACUCGCCAAAUUCUGCGGUGUUGGGGAUGCAGUCACUGAGAUGACUCGGAAAGCUAUGGGCGGCUCAUUGACGUUUAAAACGGCCCUGACUGAGCGUCUCUCCAUCAUCCGAUGUUCCAGAGAGCAAGUGAACAAACUGAUAACAGACCACCCACCUCAGCUCACUCCAGGUAUCAGGGAGCUGGUGGACCAUCUGCACCAGCGCAACAUAAAGGUGUUCCUCAUUUCAGGGGGGUUCCGCUGCAUUGUCGAACAUGUGGCCACUCAGCUUAACAUUCCUCUGCAUCACGUCCAUGCAAACAGGCUCAAGUUCUACUUCAACGGAGAGUAUGCUGGUUUUGAUGAGAGUCAGCCCACAGCUGAAAGCGGUGGAAAGGGGAAGGUCAUCAGCCAGCUGAAGGAACAAUACGGCUUCAAGACUGUGGUGAUGAUCGGGGAUGGAGCCACUGAUCUAGAGGCCUGCCCUCCUGCUAGUGCUUUCAUCGGAUUUGGCGGGAACGUCACCAGGCCGCAGGUGAAGGAGAGGUGUUCGUGGUACGUGACCAGUUUUGGGGAGCUCCUAAAAGAACUGGAGAAGAUUUAAAGAUGCAAAAAUGGAACUGUUAUUAAUGGUAACAUUUCACAUUUGCAUAUCUGAUGGUUUUAUCCAGUACACAAAGUUCCUUUGACUCUCAAUAGGUUUUUAUAAUAAAUACAUAUGUUUACAUCAGUGAGACCAAUUUUACCUUCAUGGAGAUAUUGCCUUAUUGAUUUUUAUACUAGGAGAUACUACAAGAAUAACCAAACACAUUGGGUUUGUGGAAGGUUAUGAAGACGACUUUAGUAUUUUUGCACUUUUUGCAUCAAAGCCUUUAGUUAAGCUAAUACAACCCCUGUACAUUGUGGCAAUGAGUGUUAGAAAUGUUUUAAUUCUGUAUGGAUACGUAGAGCUGUAACCAGGCAUUUCUAUGGUGUGGUAACGUCAGUCCCGUCAAGAACAUCAGCAUUAAAUAAACACAUGCUGUCAAAGA